UGUUAGGUUUUCAAAACGCGUGUAUACCAAUAACUUUCUAUAAUACUACGUUAUUUGUGUAAGAUGGAAACGUUGUGAUUACAAGUGUAAAGGUAGGAGCGGGAUUAUUGCGAGUGAUUUACUUGUACAUUUAUUUAUAAGAAUUUUAGAUAGCCUGACAUUUGGUUUAAUAAUUAAUUCGUGAAAAUAUUCUUAAUAAUCAGUGACAAUAUAAUAUUUGUAUUAAACUAUAAAUAUGUCUGACGAAAAGAAGGAAACUAAGACAGAAUCAGAGCACAUAAAUUUGAAAGUGCUAGGACAAGAUAGUGCAGUGGUUCAGUUUAAAAUUAAAAAGCACACACCACUAAGGAAAUUAAUGAAUGCUUACUGUGAUCGUGUG